AUGUCCUUUUUAAAAAAAAGAAAGAAGAAAUCAACAUCAACACUAACAUUAAAUAGUAAUAGCAAUAAUUCUAAUAUUGUUUGUGUAAAUAAUAAUAAUAAUAAUAAUAAUAUUAAUAAUAAUAAUAAUAAUAAUAAUAAUAAUAAUAAUAAUAAUAAUAAUAAUAAUAAUAUAAAUAGUCAUGGUAUCAAUUUAAUAAUUAAUAAAAAAAUUAAAAAAUUAACAUCAAGUACAAGUUGUCCAAAUAUGUUAACAAUAAAAGAAGAAGAAAAUGAAAAAUAUAAUAAUAAUAAUAAUAAUAAUUCCGAUAAUUUAAAUGAUAAUUUAAAAGAUACAAUAAUAUUAAAUUGGAAUAAAUAUACAGAUAAAUUAAUAAAACAAGGUUAUUUAGAAUGUGGUAUUUUAGAUUUAGAUAGUGGUGAAUUAAAUAGUAGUAGUAGUUGCAAUAGUAGUAUUAGAUUUAUAAUUAGUUAUCAAGAAUGGCAAGAAAUUAAAAAUAUUUUACAAGGUAGUUAUUUAACAACAAUAAGUUGUUCAAAAAAAAGAUUCUAUGUAGUUGCCUCAAAUGAUUUCAUAAUUGCUGGUCGUGAUUCUCAAAAUCAAUCUUUUAUUCUUAGAAAAACUCAAACUAAAGCAAUCAUUGGUAUAUUUAAUAUGAAUAAAUUACAAAUUGAUGAUGCUCAUAAACUAUUAAAUGAUUUAUAUAAUGAAAUUAUAAAAGAUGAUAAAACUGAAAUUUAUCCAGUUGAAUAA